AUGUGGAGCAGUGUGAAGCUCAACGGGACCACUUUGGUUGAUCGCCACCAGGACAAGCUGCCUCUCUCUGUCCCCCCCGAGACCUCCAGCGCUUCACUGGGCAUUGCGCCGACCGCCGAGACGCCUCACAGGGAGGAUGAGCACUUGCGAGUGAGUACUUUUCUCUUGUUCAGGUGGGUGCCUGUUGCCAUCUCAGCUGUCACCUUGAUCCCAUACGCUCUCCUCUUGCUGACACUUUACAUCAUGCUCAGCAGGAAAAUAGCCAUCCAUUCCUGCAGCAAGCAGGCGAGCAGCAGCCCUGCGGCACAGCCCCAGCAGCCUCCGACCUCUUCAGCGGGAGGGGAAGGGGUGCAAAGACCGACCUACGCGGGGAGCAGCGACACGUCUUCAGAGACCUCGGAGGACUCGGACAGCAGCCCUUCCUGCCCGCAGGUACAGCGGUGGGCACAGAAAGAAAACCUCAACUACACGUCCCUGGUCUUCCCAGGGCAAGGCUGUGGGCCAGGCUCCGCCAGGGACUACGAGAACAUGAAGACUGGGGCGGACUACGUCAACGUGGACCCAAAGAAGAGGAAAGCGGAUUUCUGGACCUGCUCCAGCCCUGUGGCAUCCAAGUCCAUCGAGUACACCGAGGUGAAGCUGUGA